AUGCAUCAAGAAUCUCAGUUUCUAAGGCAAGAUAUUGCAAAACAAAAAGUGCAACUUUCCCGCACUGGUUCUCUUAUAUUUAAAGACAUGCAAAUACCUACAAUUGAUAUCGGCGUUCAAAAAUCUCUAAUUAUUCUUGAAGUUUCGGAUACAGACUUAAAAUCUUUUGAAACAUUGAAACCACAGCCUAGCCUUAAAGAAAUUUGUGUUACAAAUUGUCCAAUCUCUAAUUUCAGAGGUUUAGGACAACAAACAAAAUUAUCAACAAUUAAUUUUGUUAAUACACCGAUCAGCGAACAGAAAUUCUUCCGCUUAGCAUGCCUGGUUGCCGUUGGACCAAAACUUUCUUCAAUAAAUAACGUUGCUGUUACAAGAACAGAAAGAUUAAAAGCAGAAUGCUAUCCACCAAUUACUAAAAAGCUUCUUGAUGAAGGUUGGAUCCUUCAAUAUCCUAUUCCUUCAAAAGAAGACUUCAAAUUUGCAGCACAAAAGUUUAAUAUUAAUUACGAAGAGAGUGAAUUAGAAGUUAACAAAUACGAUAACAUUUCUGCAAGCCCUAUUGCAAAUAGAAACAAGAAAUCCAAGCAGCCAGAGAAUAACCAAAGUUUUGUAGAAAAAGCAGCUGAAGUGCUAUUACCAUUAGGAUUUCAUAUCCGUUCUGGUGAGAAUAUGAUAGAUGAUGUAUUAGAAUCUGUUGAUACUCUUGUCCAACUUGCUGCAAGUGCUGAAAAAGCAGCAGAUGAAGCAGAAGAAGAGGAAGAAGAAGAGGCCAAAGAGAACAAAAGCCAACAGUAA